CCUCUUUCAGGCACCAUGAAGUGUGAUUUUAACUGUAAGCAUGUUCAUUCUGGACUGAAAUUAGUAAAAUCUGAUGACAGUGGAAAACUGGUUUCAUGUUUGCCUUCAUCUUUGGACGGUUCCUAUAAAGAAUGCAUGAAAGACUGUAAAAGGUUAUCUGACAUAGGAUCUCCAAUUGUGAGGAGCCUUGGGACUGUAGAGCUUGAAACAAAAAACAAGGUCCUGCAUAAUAAGGAAAAUGAACACGUGGAACAAACAUUUAAUAGUGCAAAGAAAGUAGACUUGGACACCAGUUCACUAGGACCCUAUGAAGAUAGUGGAUAUUCCUCAUUUUCUCAACAAAGUGACCUCAGCGAUCAUGAUGACUGCAGCUUGCCCCUGGAAGAAAAUAUCAUUGACAGUCCACAAUCUUGUCUGCUACAUACCCAAAGCCCAGGCCAGUAUCCCAAUAAAAAUUUGCUGCCAGCUCUUCAUUUUGCAAAAGUGGUUUGUUCAACAUUAAAGAAGAAUGCCAAAAGAAAUUCAAAAAUAGACCGUGAGAAGAUGAAGGAACUUAUAUCCUAUGGAAAUAAUAGACUGCAGAAUAUAAUUGGUAGAAAAAUGGGCCUAGACUGUGUAGAUAUUCUCAGUGAACUCUUACGCAGAGGACUCCGACAUCUCUUAAAACAUAUUUUAACCCAUCUCAACUAUAUGGACUUAAUCAGUGUAUCUAAAGUGAGCACAACUUGGAAGAAGAUUCUAGAAGAUGAUAAAGGAGUGUGGCAGUUAUAUAAUAAAGCAGUACAACAAGUUGCUGAGAAGAAGAUUAAAUUUUCGCCACAUGCUUCCACUAGAGAAUAUGUUAUGAUUAGAACUGCAUUAGCUUCUGUUCAGAAAUCAACAGCCCAGAUUCCACCACAAAAAGAAGCUAGAACCAAGUUAUCCAAUUCAAGUGGUCAGAAAAAUUCUUACAGUCGACACAAUGAAUUUUCUGAGGUUGCCAAGACUUUGAAAAAGAAUGAAAGCCUUAAAGCCUGUAUUCGCUGCAACUCACCUGCAAAAUAUGAUUGUUAUUUACAACGGGCAACCUGCAAGCGAGAAGGCUGUGGAUUUGAUUAUUGUACAAGGUGUUUGUGUGAUUAUCAUACCACCAGAGACUGCUCAAAUAGCAACCCCCUAAAAGCCAAUUAUAAGAUGGGUCCUCUGCCUGGUACUAAGAUAAGCAAGAAGAAUUUAAGACGAUUGUGACCUCA